AUGCCUCAGAGAUGGAGGGACCUUGUGGUCACGCUUGUUCACCUUGCGCUGUUCGCCCAGCUAGGAGUGUUGACUCGUAUCUACCUGGACAAGCUGUUUGCGACAUGCAAACCGGGUCCAGAUUUUGGUACCUGUCUGACAUCGGAAGGCCUCAAGCACAACACUCUGGGCGCAUACUUCACUGACAUUGCCUCCAACAUGUUGGGCUCGUUCAUCAUGGGCCUCCUGGCUGCCGGCGCGACCCUUGGUUUGUCUUCCAAGAAAGAGAUCGCUAUCCUUCCUGCCAAGAGCAGCUGGCAGAGCGCCCCUGAGCUCCACAUCGGCCUUCGCACGGGCUACUGCGGCUCUCUGACCACUUUCGCCUCAUGGGAGUACAGCCUCGUCACCAGCCUCCUCGGAGGUCUGGGCAAGGAGGGCGGCCAGUGGACAGAGUUUCUCUGGGGCAUGGUGAUCGGACUCCAGACAGCCCUCUCCUCCUAUGUCUUUGGCCAGUACUGCGCAAUGCUGAUCGAUCGUUACAUCACCCCCGGCGGCCGCGCCGAAGCCGACCUUGAGAAGAUGGCAGCCAUGCAGACUGCGGACAUCCAGGCAUCCAGGGCAGGCGAGCUGACGGACGCUGAGAAGGCUCUCCAGAUGGACGAAUAUGAGACCGAGGGCCCCUCAGAGCCGGGCUUCCACUACAAGACCCACAUUGGCGCUGGCAUUCUGCUGGCGCUGUCUACCGCGCUGUUCCUGGCGCUUUUUGUCCUGGACAACUCCCCCAAGCACAUCAGCAGGCAAGCCCCUGUCUCUGCGCGCGGCCGCUGGCUGGCAGUGUUGUUCGGACCCAUUGGAUGCACGCUGCGCUGGACUCUGUCAAAGACCAACUACACGCUGCCGGGAGAGUGGAAGUGGCUGCCCAUCGGCACAUUCGCCGCCAACAUGCUCGCCUGCACUGUCAACUACUUCAUUGGGGGAACAAGCAGCCACCUGGGCAAGCUGAGCAUGUGGAGCACAAUUGUGACAUACGCCAUCCGGACUGGAUUCUCUGGCGCUCUCUCCACCGUUUCCACCUUUGUUGCUGAGAUCACAGCGCAGUUCAGGGUCCUGCCAGAGAAGCUGCACGGAUUCAUCUACGCUGUGGGCUCUCUUUUUACUGGAGCUCUUCUGGGUGUCAUCAUUUAUGGCUCCAUGGUCUGGACGGCCUGA